CGCGGUGCCGGUAGUGGUGCUGUGAGUCUGCCGAGCACUGAACUCUAAACCCCCGCAGAUCUGCUAAAUGAGAGCAGAAGAUAACGUAAUAUUAAACCACAUUUGUGAUCGGUUUAGCGAUCCACGACCACAUCGAGGAAUACCAUCACGUAGCAUUCCGAUGAAAGUUCCGUGCAGUUGAUGUUUUGGGGCGUUUGGACGGUCUGCCCGGAGUGAAACGCCGUAAAGGCUAAACCCGCUGCAGCUGAUGUUCUCAGGGACCCGCGUCACGUGAUGUAUGAAGGUAAACACAUCCAUUUCUCAGAGGUGGAUAACAAGCCGCUGUGCUCCUACAGCCCCAAGCUCUGCAAGCAGCGCAGGCUGAACGGAUACGCCUUCUGCAUUCGUCAUGUCCUGGAGGAUAAAACCGCUCCGUUCAAACAGUGUGAAUAUGUGGCCAAGUACAACAGUCAGCGAUGCACUAACCCCAUCCCUAAAGCUGAGGAGCGCAGAUACUGUAACAGCCACCUACAGGUUCUGGGUUUCAUCCCUAAGAAGGAACGAAAGAAGAAGCAGGAUGCUCUGGAGGAGGUACGCGGUCGCACACAAGUGGAGUCUGUCGCUCUGAACAUCACCGUUCCGUCUCUGGCUCUGAGAGGCUCUAACGGCCUCCCUCCGUCUCCUCCCUGCUCCCGCCUCACCUCCCUGCCCCUCUGCGACUCCGACUUUCUCGACCCCUUCGCCUUCCACGAGGAGGACACGGACGGAGAGGAGAGGAUCUCCAGCAAAAGAAAACCUGUGAUUGGCCCGAGGAUGAGCGUCCUGAACCGUGAGCACCAUCAGCCAGCCUCCGAGCACUUUAGCGCAGCCUCCGAACCCCGCGCGCUUCCAAACUCCCUGCACCUACCACAACCACCUCCACCACCACCUUUACCUCCGCCUCUACCUCCACCUCAACCCUCGUCGAGGCUUCAACACAACGAUCGGCCUCCCUACGCCCAGCACGGACCAGUGCAGACUCUGCUAUGCAAGCCGGCUCCACCUCAGACCGGACCUUCCACAUCAGCGGGGACUCAGAACCAGCCACUCGGCCGGAGACCCGCCCCCGCUGCCUCUCCCCUCCCACCCUCCUCCCAGGACGGCCCACAGUGCCGCUCGGUGGCCAUGCGUCCUGCUGCCUUCACAGCACCUCCCGUCUGUCUGUUGAGACUGCAACACCUCGUGGAGCUGUACGCUCAGAGACAGCGAGAACACGGAGACCUCUUCCCACAUCUCGGUCUGGACUGGUCUGAGGACAGUACAGAUGAUGAAGAGACAGAGGUGGUCGUGUCUUCGCUUCCUCGGGGCUGGAGGUCACAUGAUGGAGGUCUCGGUUACAGCUCCUCAGAUGAGAAACCUCUGUCCCGGCGAGCGCGACUGACGCAGCUGUGCACGUACCUGCAGGAGAGGUACAAACACCUGUGCCGACGGGACCGGGCAGCCACCCGACACAGCAGAUACCGAUACGCCUUCCGGAAAGCUUUGCUCCACGCCGCCAGCAAAGACCCCGACUGCACUGCUCAGCUGAUUCACAGACUCAACAAGAGCUCGCAGACGUCACUCCGUUCCAGGUCUGCAGUACCACAGACGUAUGAAAGGACGCCGUGUACGGGAAACACAAAGGGUCAAAGCUGCAGAAACAUAGCUUUGCCCUUUUCACAGCACUGUUUUCAGCAUAUCCUACUGAAUCGCUCUCAGCAGCUGUUCUCCAGUUGCACGGCACGCUUCGCUGAUGGCCAGCAGUGCUCUGUUCCUGUGUUUGACAUCACUCACCAGACGCCUCUUUGUGACGAACAUGCCAAGAAAAUGGAUAAUUUCCUGCGCGGUGACGGUAUCAGACGCAGUCAGCAGCAGCGCCGUCCACGUAAGAAGACCAAACCGCCCGCACUGACCAAGAAACACAAGAAGAAGAGGAGACGAGGCCCGCGGAGGCCUCAAAAGCCCAUUCCUCCAGCUGUGCCGCAGGGCAACCUGGCAAUGCCCUACUCACUCACACUGCCCACUCACCACGCCCACGUCAGAAGUCCGUCUACGCCUGAGCUCAGCACAGACGAGCUUCCUGAUGACAUCGCUAAUGAAAUGCCUGACAUUCCUAAUGAUCUUGAGCUGAACCAGGAAGAUUUCUCAGACGUGCUACCGAGACUACCGGACGAUCUUCAGGAUUUCGAUCUUUUCGAGGGUAAGAAUGGAGAACUGUUGCCCACCACAGAAGAGGCAGAGGAGCUGGUCAGAGCCCUGCAGGCGAUGGCCUCGUAUCCCGACUCCCUGUGUUUAUCCUCGAUGGCUGAACUCACCCCUGCUGUGUUCUCGGGAUCAGGGGUCACAGCAACAGGCAUCGGAGACCUUCUGAACGGCCGCAUAGCGUCUGAAACCUUCCCCAAUUUAGAGCUAGAGGGGAAUCUUCUCCAGGAUUCGAGAGACCAUCAUUUUGCCACGUCCACCUCUCCCCAGCCAUCGCAGAGCGGCGCCGCAGCGCCCCCUAUGAGUCCCGCCGGCAGACUAACAGAACGAACGUUUUCACGGGGUCCCUCCCCACCGGGCAGUCAUUACACCAGCGAGCACGUGCCAUCCCCCUACAGAGAUCACAUCUCACCCCCACACGGUGCCUCUUAUCAGACCGACCCGCCUCUCCUGCUGGAGGUGCCUUUGAGCAGCACGCCGGGGCCUCCGCGGUCCUCCUGGAAUAACCUCCCUCUGUCGCUCUCAGACCCGGCACAGUUCGGUAACCUCCUCACUGCUGAUGCACACCUCCUCUCGACAUCGCUUUCCACCCCGCCCUCCACCUCCCAGUCCACAAUCCUGCAGCCCACCGCUGCCCUCUCCGCUCUGUCCCAGCCAGGGAUAAUCACACGCGCCUCACCCUCGUCUUCGCCCUCAUCUCGAGACCUGCUCGCCCCCACUCAACCUAAACUACAGCUCCCUCAGUUUAGCGCUGCCUUCGGCCACCAGCUGGCUUCCCAUAGUGGGAUCCCUAAAGACCUGCAGCCCAGCCAUAGCUCUACAGCGCCACCUACAGGCUUCUCCAUCACUAGUGCCACUGCUGCCACCUCCCCUUUCCCUCACAGCGACUGAGUGUGAGAGACAGGGCCACCAUAAUUUAAUCAAUGUCAUCAUUCCAGACCUAUACGUUUCUGUGGAACACGGAGAGAUGUUAGCAGUAUGUUCCUGUCGCUCCAUAAAAUCAUGAUGUGUUAAUCAGACACAACAAUAAAAGUCUCAUGGUUAUUUGACGGAAAACGGUAGCGUGAACAUUCUUCAAAACAUCUUUUGUGCGCCACAGAAAAAGUCAUAGGAGAGCAUAAGAACGUAAGGGUGAGUAGACAAUGUGCUUUUUAGGUGAACUGAGCAUUUAAAGCUCUGAGGUCAGCGACACACUUGAGUCUUUCCAGUAGCUUCCGUGCCCGGUCUGUUUGUUGAUGUGACACAUCUUCCACUGACAUCAUGCUGAAAUAUAUCUUUACGGUUACCACAUAAUCUGUAAACCCCUGAACGCCACAAUCUGUCACCUGGUCUAUACUAAAACAUAAUGAAGGGUUAUGUUUAUAAUAACUUCAGAUAAGCUAUUUCUGUCUACAGUCUUGUGCUGGGAUGAUGUAUCGCCAUUUACACUAAUUAUGAGAUUGAAUCGUAUAUAAUGUGCAUUUAAAGAAGCAACACUCGUCAAACAUCAUCAUUAUAAACAUAAUAUAUUAUCGUGAAAGUACCUGAAAAGGUUUGGAGAACAGAGAUAGAAUAAUUUUGCUCGAGAGCCCCCUCUGGCUUUCAGAUGUGGCGGCAUUUAACCGUCAUUCACUGAGAGACUGAGCAUAUCAUCCCGGUCCUCAUACAUACACAGUGGGUCUCCUCACAUGGAAUUCACCAUGUUGUUUCUGCAGUAGCCCUAAACGGACAAACUUUUUCAAUUGUUCUAAACGAAAACGUAGUGUUUUUGGAAAAUGGCUGCCGGCGUUCUUUUCCGUAAGCUCAGCGCCGGCGCUCAGGUUUUUUUCUUCUCACACUCGACGUAUCAUAGGAACCAGUGUGCCGCCAUUCAAGCACCCACAACUGGCGUUUUCAGCCACGGAAAAGCGCCUCAGUGGAUCUGGAAAUUUUAAAAUAAUUUUUGUUUGGAAUGUUUGGUCAAUAUACUUCACAUGAAUAAAAAAAGUGAAGUGUGUUUCGUUUCUAGUGAUUUUACAGUAACUCUGAGGUAAUGCCAGCAAUGUGUCGGUGGAAGAUGUGGAAGAUUUAAUAAUUUUAUUCGGUCAGAUUAGGUAAUAUUCCCUGAUUUAUCAUAUUUUCUCAAAUGAGAGCAGCAGGUUGUCAGUCAUUUGUUAGAUAGUGUGCAUAUAACGUAUAACUGGUAUUAACACAUGCAUCUUAGAUCCGUCUCUUGACACCUUGUGACCACUUGUCAUCAGUUAUUGUGUUGGAUGGAGUGAUGGUUGUUGUCUCGGCAUGUUAAAGCACAAAAUGUUAAAAAGCACAUUCAACACAGCUGUCCCAAAACUAUCUGUCGUCUCAAAACUAUGUGCAUCCCAUGAUCUGUUAUUGCAUGUUGAUCAUAGAGCAUCUUAAGAUAAUUGUACUGAAAUAAGAUUUCACAUUUUAAAAGAAAAAGACUUUGAAAGAAAAAAAUAUGAUUUAUUACAUGAGGUGUCUGGGAUGCGUCCGGAUUCAUUGUGAAUACCAACUAUGUACUUUGCGUCACGUCACUGUCCUUCUAAAACCUAAUUUGCUGUUUUUAGGAAAUGAAGAAAAAAAACACAGUUCUUUUUAAAUGAUUACAUACUGUGUUGUCAAAAGCACUUUUUAAUACCUUUUCUUCGUUAAAUAUUUGCAAAACCCAGUGACAAACAAAGGGUGUCGUAUAAUGAUGAUUUAUGGCUAAAAAUACAAAUCGUGGAAUAUGGAGAUACAAGGUUUCAGAAGGACAGCAGCGAACACCAAAAUGAAUCCCCAUACGCCAACAUACUCUUCUGAAAGGCCUGUCUCUCAGAACAUCGGUGAGGUUGAGAAUCUGCUGUAAGGCCAGGCGUCUGGAGGUGGUUCUCCAGCACUUAACACUUGGGUUCUUUCAUGGGUUCUUGCACACACACUCGGUGAACCUGAGAUGGAGAAGACUUAAUUCAAGCAAUAAUCUCAUCAUCCGAGCCACUUGCACCAGUCUUCAGAUCUAUCCCAGCAUCCUCUGCCUCUUAGAGCCUUCUCUUUGGGGUCGAGGGAAAACAUCAACAUCCUGCUGUACACUGAUAGGGAACUCAUUCAACAUCGAGAAAGAGACGUCAGAUCUUCGCCAAAUAUAUGAAUUAAAUCUGUGUGUUUAUGGUGCUUAAUAAGUGUCACAUACGAUGAUCUCGUGUGGUCUUUCUAACACAAAGAACCCUCCGCGGUGAGCUGACGGAAGACUGUGUCAGAGCUUUGGUGCAGUUUCUUUAGAGAACGGUUUGAUGUUCUCCAGACUUCCACAGACGUGUCAGGUUUAUUCUCACCGUCAGUCAGCCUUACGUCACGCGGGACCAGCGUUCCCCGCUAAGUUUUUUAAAGUAUGGCAGUAAAAACGCGGUUUCUGGUAGCUUUUAGACACUGAACGAUUAUCUCAUAUAUUGGUAUUAAGUAUUAAAUAUAUUUAUAGAGUAGAAACCUCUAGAUCGGGUUUAUCGGUUGAAUUGAGUGACGCGAAACUAAAUACAAGAUUUAAAAAAAGAAAACUAGACUUGUGCAACAUACUCGGUGGAACGGAAGCGUUUUGUGGUCAUGUUUGGUAGAUUUAAUGGCUAUCAAAAGUCUUGUGAUGAAUCAUUUUAAUUGGUUGAUGUUGUGUUUGUGUGUCAUUUAGUUGGAGGGAAGAGACGUGAUGAUGUGCAGCACUAUUUUUGAUAGCUAUUAAAAAGUAACAGUCAACGAUUGUUUAAGACGGAUCGUAGUUUGAGCGUAAAACCACAAGUGUCAUUUACGACACAACACGACAGGACAUUUCACCGGAUUGUGUUCAAAACGGACCCGUCUCAUUCAUGAAACAUCAGCUGAUGUGUCAAAGCUGUCCAACUUUGUAGAAAAACGCGAUAAUGCUAUGUUUGUUAAAUACAUUCAAAUGAUAUAAAAAAUAUUUAAAACCUGGAAAUUAUAUAAUCAACAUGUUUCACAUUUUAUCUGGGAAAAUAAAGCAUCGUUCUCGGAGUCGUCAUGACAUCCAUCCUAAAACUUUGACUAGAGACCGUUUCAGCGGCAACGUAACAUAAAUGUUAUGUGGCUCUAACGUAACUUCCUGUAGACAUCCACAAAGAAUCAACAACUGGUCAGCACUUUUAAUUUAAUUUAAUUUAAUACAAUUAAUAAACAACAAAAAUAUUAAUAUACAUUCAUAUUAAUAUAAAAUAAAUUGUUAUAUUAUAACCAAACACUGAAGGUUAACUUCGGGCCAGACGUGCGCAUCCGAUGAUACAUCAAUACAUAAUGUUUGGAAAUAUUGGAAUUGGUGAUAUAUUAAUGUUUUCGUUAGUAACAUUCAUUCAAAGUAAUCAUUAAUAGCAAAUUCAUAAAAUAAAUAUGAAUUCACUGUAAUCAUUGGAUUGGUUUGUUAAAAUACUUAGUAAAUUGUUUUAAUUGACUGUUAUUAUUUAAUUCAACGUAACACUUGAACAUUUGCCGUCAUUUGUUCGGCGAGUGUUUUAUGAAUGAGACUCAAUGAUAGCACCAGAACGAUCACAUGUGUGUGUGUGUACUAGCACUGAUGGUUUUUCAGUCAUUGUUUUAAAGGUCGUCCACAAAUGAAAUGGAGCUGAUGUGAUGACAUGUGUUAUGCACUACACGUGAACAUGAGAAUCUUGGGUCGCUCUCUCUGCCGAUGUUCAUCGGUUGUGUCAAAAGUUGAAAUGUUGUUUGCAUUCAGCGUUUAUACUGUGUUACUACUGUGUGUACUGUGCAAACAACUGUGUUGCACAGGUCAACCACACACCCCCCCCCCGACCUGAUCUGACGGCUUGCACUGCGUUCAGACGGCUGACUGAUUCCUCACUGAAUGUACUGUACAACUGUUUUUAAAGCUGAUAGGAUAAUCCAGUCACCUUUUGUUAUUGGUCUUUAAUUUGUCUGAGGUAUUUUUUGGUAUACAAAAGUUUACAUUUUUAUGUAUAUUUUUCUUGUGUAAAAACGAUGUAAUAUGUGUAUAAACAUUGUAUGUAAUAUCUGUAUAUAGCGUGAACAUUUUCAAUCUUGUUUUUGGAUGUAAAGAUUAAACUUCGCGUGAUUGUUUUCUGUUGUCUUGAGAUGUGAUUCGGUCAGAGACAGUCGGGUCGGUUGUGUUCAGCCGUCAGAAUGAUACUUUUGGCUAUGUGAGGGUAAUCAUUACUCUGGCUUGGACUUCAGCACAUAAUGCUUAUAAUGUCUCAUAAAACACAGUAAAUCAUUCCAGUGUCUCAGAGAAAAUUACACAAGAUAAUGAGUUUCAUAGCAUGAAUCUGAUAGACUCUGUAUAAAUAACAAUGAACAAACAAAAGAUCAGAUAUGAAAGAUCAGAUCAACACUUUCAGAAUUCACACAUUGAAUACACAGAAAAUGUUAACCUUACAGUUUUAUUAUGGUUCAUAAUUUUCAAACCACCAUUUUGUUUUUACGGUCAUGUGUUAAGGCACUUCUAGCAUAACACCAUUUAAAUAAACAUUUGACUGUUUUCUGCA